CUCUCCUGGGGAAAAGGAUUAGGAAAGACUUGCAUUUGGCAGACGUGGCAUUGUAAAAAGUAAUAAUAGUGUCGAUUGUAGGCUACUCGCGAAUACGCGCAUUUGCAAAUGCUCUGUUGAUAAGAAUGGCACAUUUCCAGCAGCUGCUACUAUGGCAACACUGGUAAACAGUAGGUGCUUUUUUCUUGCAUUUUCUUUUCCACAGAAUAUCUAUUCUGGCAUCGAUAAAACAAUAUAUGUGCAUACAUAAAAAUAAUAAAGGACGUUGAUCAUUCGUGAGUAAAGACGGAGGAGGAGCGAGAACGGAAACAAACAUGUCCGGUGCGGUCGAAAAGAGCGAGAGAAACUUUUGCCGAAGCAGAGGCAGCGUGACUGCUGCAGAACUCAAAAGGAUGUGUCCGCAACAGAGGGCUCGGUACCUGGCGUAUGAGGAGCCGUCCAAGGACGUGCAAAAAGUGAUGUCUGUGACAAAUCAGCGCUUGUGUGCCAGAAAAGCUGCGACGAAAAGUAAAAAAAUGGCCGAAGAGGACUUGGAGAAGAAGCGGCAAGACACGUUGAUAGGCCAAUUGAAGGCCGCCGAGGCUCGGAAUAGAGUUCGACACAUGAGACUGCGGUAUCAAAACAGGAGGGCCCAGGAAAUUAAUGUAAUGAUUGCAUGCCAGCCCACUGCAUUGAAGGCUGUUCGUUUGGAGAUGCUUCUGCCUACUAAAGUGAGCCAAUUAAGCAGUUUUGAUAGCUUGGAUAGACUGGAGAGGAGAAGAGUUGAGGAGAUCCUGGAGGACGUGAAGGGUCUGACAAUAAAUCGAGUUUAAGAACCUUGAGGCUUUAAAGAAUCACUGCAAGGGUAUUGUAGGUACAACAACACAGAAAGACAAAAUGUCCUGCAGUGCAGCUGCAUUGCCUUGAGCUGCAGUACAGUAGCUGCUCAUCUCUCUCUGUUCCCCGGCAUGUCUCAUGGUCUUCAGCAGUGACAUCCAGACAGAACACAGCACAGUCUUUGCCAUAUUAAAUUUGCCCCAAGUUGCCAAUUCUACAUUAGAAAAAAUUGCCAUAUUUUGUCAAGUUAGCGUGCAUCAGACCGAAUUUGCCGAAAGAAACUGGAAAAACAUUGGACUUUCUCAUUUUUAGCAAACCAGUGAACCUACAAUAAACAAGAAUGAUCCACUACA